AUGUCUUGCUUUUUUCUUUUCUUCAGAGUAAUACUUGCUGCAAAGUUCAAUUUUUCUGAUGUUUUAACAGCAGAUGGUAUUGAUAUGUCGCAAUUAAAUAAAUGGAAGGAAUUAAAAGUAUUACUUUCAAAUUUUACACCUGAAACUCAAAUCGGUAACCUUUUGUUAGCUUCAGUAAACUAUACUAGUACAAAGGAUAAUGUUUCUAGUCCAGAAUAUUUAACAACAGAAUAUAAUAGAUUUUACCGAUUUUUCAUUGAUAAUCAAUCUCGCAUCCACGAAUUUCCAAAAGGCAACUCAAGUUCAUUUAAUUUCAUUACAGAUAUUGUUUCGAGACUCAAAAUUCAAUUGUGGUUAUAUGGUUUUAAAAUAUUUAAGAUAAAAUCUAUAGCUAACGAUAUAUCCGAAGGCAAAAAUAAGACAACAGUUGAGAGAGUUGUUGAAGCAACCAAUUUAUCGCUUUCUCAUUAUUUUCAUGCUGCCGAAAUAGCCAAAAACGCAAUGCUUUUUAGCCAGUUCAAACUUAAAGAUGCUCCGCCAAAGAUUUUUAUGAAUUCUGAUAAAAUUAUGGAAAUGAUCACAGAUAUACCAAAAUCAAUAGAGGAUGAUAAGAUAAAUCUAUAUGAAGUGUGUUUACAUUUCCAUCAUUUGAUGAAAGGAAUCAUAGAUCUCAAAAACGGAUCAGUUCUUUUUACAAUGAAAUCAUUAUUAGCUGCAUUGACACUUUACUCUAGAAUUGCACCUGAAAGCAAGCACUCAUUUAAGUAUCUUGCUAGUUCAUUUAUUAGUGCCUAUGAUAAAUCCAAAAAAGAAGCAGAUCUUUCAAAUCCUAAAAUUCAAUCGCUCAUUACAAAGCUAGAUCCAAUAGUUGACAAUCUAAGGAAUCAGCUCAAGACCCAUGUCAUAGAAGUUAACUCUUCUGUACGUAAUUUUGUUUUCAAAAACAUGAAUUAUGCAAAACCUAACUUUAAGCUUGUGAGUUUCCUUAUACCCCACAAUUAUUCAUUUUUAUAUGAUGAUACUGGCUUAAUAUCAUUAUUAAGAGAAGAAAAAACAGAUUUAUUCAGGCCAUUCAUAAAAACUAUCAUGGGAAACAGCCGUACAAAAGAUAUGAUUACUACAUAUUAUUUAGCAAAGGCAGCAUUAGUAUAUUUGAAUAAUCCUAAGCGCGCAAUUCCGAAUUUUACAAUGUCUUGGUCAGAUAACAUCACUUUUGCUGCCAAACACUUCAAAGAUAUCAGGACAACAACAAAAAUCAAUGAAUUGUUGUCAAGAAUCAAUGUAAAACCAAUGGAUUCAGUAACAAUUAAAAAUGCAAUUUCUGAAUUCAUUGAAGGACUGAAAGAAAUAGAAAGUGUAUACCCAGGAUUCAUAGGAUAUGCUAUAGACUUUCUAAAUGACCUAAAGGAUGUAUUAAAAGAUGAUAUAGCUUUAGGAGAAAUUUUACAGAUACAUCCUAUUGGAAGAUCAUUAUCAUCGUUCAUAGAAGCAAAUAAUAAAUACAAUGAUGGUGUUUCUAUUAAAGAUGCAUAUUGGGAUUUCGACAUUUUAGGUGUUUACGUCAUGCGAACAAUCCAAGCAUGGAAAGAUUUGAGUUUAUGGAGUGCGCCCAAUCUUCUGCAUUCGAUUGUUACAAAAACUGAAAAAGCAAAGAAAUUUUUAGAAAAUUUCGAAAAAAUUUGGAGACUUUUCCUAGAUAACCAAUGCGAAAUCAACAAAGAUGAUAUAGAUUCUAUUUAUACCGGAUUUUCUGAUUUUAUUAAUAAGAUGAAACCUGGAUUUGAAUAUUUCAUGAUGACGCCAACAGAGUUGUUCUAUUCACUGACAAACAUUAAUAUUUCAAGAUUCACAGAAUCAUUUUAUGAUUCUUUGUUAGAACUACAGUCAGGAAAAUUGAAAUGGGAGACAUAUGUUAAAUUUAACAAGAUGUAUUAUGAAGAUUUAUAUGAACCUCUAUACAUGAAAUAUGGAGGAGGAAAAAUCACGAGAUUAGUCAAAAAUAUUCUAAUUGGACUUGCUGUUUCCGUGAUUUUUGUUUGUCUAGUUGUAAUAAUUAUUUUAUAUGUUCUCCGGAGCAAACUUCAUAAAAAUGAAAGUGAUUACAUCAUUCAGCAGGAAAGUGUUAACUCCGAAGUCGAUGAAAAUGUUAUGAAAUUUAAUAUCUAA